UCAUUUUUCUGUCACAAUUUUUUCCGGAAAACCAUCGUGUGUUUGUUUUCGUAUGAAGAAAAGUUAAUAAUUUGUAUCAAAAUGCUACUUAAUAGACUAUGUAGCUCACAAUUUAGAAGCAGCAUAAUAGGAUUAACAAACUCCCUCAAAUCCUUGAGCUUCCCGCAAACUGCCCAAUUUUCCUCAAAGAUCGCUUCUGAUUCCGUUGCUGCGGCAAAGGAUUUGAGCACGGAUGUCUCCUCGAACCAGAAGACCAUCGAGAGAGUCAAUCAGCAGCUGGCUGCUAAGGAAGAAGGUCGCCUCUUUGCGGUGGUGCAUUUGUGCGGGAAGCAGUUCAAAGUAACGUCCGGAGAUAUUAUUGUCGUUGAAGGAGGUUGGCCACCAGAUGCUGGAGACAAGAUUCGGCUGGAUAAGGUUUUGGCGGCUGGAGGGAAGGAUUUCUCCUUGAUCGGGAGGCCAAUUGUCCAGAAGGGAUUGGUUAAUGUCCAGGCGACGGUCAUUGAGAAGACACUGAGUCACACUCGCACAAAUUUCCGCAUGAGAAAGCGGAAGCAGUACCGCAGGGUAAACUUCCACAGAAACUCUAACACCAUGAUCCGGAUCAAUUCCAUCAGCAUCAUGGGAAGGGUCAACGAAGACCUGCAGCCAGAGCCAGAGAUACCAAGGAUUUUCUAAAAGCUCAUCCAACCUGCUUUAGUGUUUAUAAAAAAUAUAAAUAAAAUUAAUAAAACAAUUUUAAAAAAAA